AUGGCGACGAAUGGUACUCUUGACGGUAGCCUGCCAGAAAGUCAAAAAGCAGCGCAGUUCAACCCAGUCGACAAAACGGUGGCACUCAAUACUAUCCCAAUCCCUACAAUUAAACCCGACCAGAUCCUGGUCAAAAUCAAGGCUGCCUCACUAUGCCACAGGGACUUGAUGCUGUUCGAGCCGAACGAGCAAGGGCUUGUCAUAGGAGAGGUAGAGCCCUUUACCAUGGGCCAUGAAGCUUGCGGCACAAUCGUCGAGUCCGGCAACGAGGUUCACGGCUUUGAGAAAGGAGACAACAUCAGCUGGCUUCCCAUCGUCGACUGCUGCUACGACUGCGAUGCUUGCCAGAUUCAGCCUCUCUACUGCGAACUGGGAACUGCAAACGUUCAGGGCAUGAGUGUAAACGGUUUCUUCCAGGAGUACGCCGCCAUUCACUGGCGUAAUGCUGCCAAGAUACCGGAUGGCAUGGACUUGACCACUCUAUCGCCAAUGUCCUGCGCAGGCUGCACGGCGUUCAACUCUGUAACGGAGACUAUCGCCGAGUUGAAGGGUGACCCAUCCGAAACUUGGGUCGCUGUCGUGGGAUGUGGUGGGCUUGGACAUCUGGGUAUCCAGUACCUCAAAGCUUUCGGCUACAAAAUCAUCGCCGUGGACAUCUCAGCAGAUGCCCUAGAAGAGGCCAAAGCACAAGGAGCAGACCACGUCUUCAACUCCAAAUCCGACACCGACUACAUCCAGCGAGCCCGUGAACUGACAGGUGGCAAAGGAUGUCACGCAGCCAUCAACUACACGAACCCGGCUCCCGCUUACUUGGCAACACAACAGCUGAUCCGAUACGGAGGCACUCUCAUGGUGACUGGAAUCCCACAGAAACCUCUCCAGUUCAACGCCAUUGACGUCUCAAUGAACCGUAUCAGGAUCAAGGGCUCUCACAUCGGCGUCAAGCCCGGACUAGAGAAGUGCCUGGGGUUCAGCCAUAAGCACGGCAUCAAACCACACGUGACCAAGUUCAAGCUGGAUGAGUUCCCGAAGAUGUUGGAGCCCAUGCAGAUGAAUCAGCACAAGGGACGGAUGGCGGUGGUUUUUGAUUGA